GGUGGUGGCGUCGUCGUCGUUGUCGUCGUUUUUUUUUUUUUUUACAAAAACAUUACUAUUAUUAAGCAGAGCUCUAUUUUUUUAAUUAAAACGAGAAGAUGAACAAGCUGUACAUCGGGAACCUGGGCGAAAACGUGAGCCCUCUGGAGCUAGAAAGUGUCUUUAAAGAGUCAAAGAUCCCUUUUACCGGCCAGUUUCUCGUGAAGACGGGAUACGCGUUCGUGGACUGCCCCGAUGAGAACUGGGCUAUGAAGGCCAUCGAGGCACUUUCAGGUAAAGUUGAACUGCAUGGUAAACUCAUAGAGGUUGAACAUUCGGUUCCCAAAAGACAAAGGAGUCGAAAACUUCAAAUCAGAAAUAUCCCGCCACACUUGCAGUGGGAGGUGCUAGACGGAUUGUUAGCACAGUAUGGAACAGUGGAGAACUGUGAACAAGUGAAUACGGAGACAGAGACUGCAGUAGUUAAUGUAACAUAUGGUAAUAAGGAUCAGGCCAGACAAGCAAUAGAAAAACUGAAUGGAUUCCAGCUUGAAAACUACUCACUGAAAGUUGCAUAUAUUCCUGAUGAAAUGGCAGCACAGCCACCUCCUCAACAGCAUCCACAGGGGAGACGUGGAUUUGGGCAGAGGGGUCCUCCCAGGCAAGGUUCGCCUGGUGCAGGUACAAGGCAAAAACCGCAGUCUGAUGUUCCACUACGGAUGCUGGUUCCUACCCAGUUUGUAGGAGCCAUUAUUGGAAAAGAAGGAGCCACCAUAAGGAACAUCACAAAGCAGACACAGUCAAAAAUUGAUAUUCAUCGUAAAGAAAAUGCAGGGGCUGCUGAAAAACCAAUUACGAUCCAUUCUACUCCAGAAGGGUGCUCAACCGCUUGUAAAAUUAUCAUGGAGAUAAUGCAGAAGGAAGCGCAAGAUACUAAAUUUACAGAAGAAAUUCCCUUGAAGAUACUAGCACAUAACAAUUUUGUUGGCCGCCUCAUUGGCAAAGAAGGAAGGAAUUUGAAGAAAAUCGAGCAGGACACAGACACUAAGAUCACAAUAUCCCCAUUACAGGACUUGACGCUCUAUAAUCCAGAAAGGACCAUUACUGUUAAAGGCAGUAUUGAAACAUGUGCCAAGGCUGAGGAAGAAAUAAUGAAGAAAAUCAGGGAGUCGUAUGAAAAUGAUAUAGCUGCUAUGAAUCUUCAAGCACAUUUAAUUCCAGGAUUAAAUCUGAAUGCCUUGGGUCUCUUCCCACCUUCUUCUUCAGGGAUACCACCUCCCACAGUAGGUGUUGCUUCAGCUGCUGCUGCCUCUUCAUAUCCUCCAUUUGGGCAACAGCCAGAGUCUGAGACUGUUCAUCUGUUCAUCCCAGCCUUGGCAGUGGGUGCCAUAAUUGGCAAGCAGGGGCAACACAUCAAACAACUUUCUCGUUUUGCAGGUGCAUCUAUUAAGAUUGCACCUGCUGAAGGACCAGAGGCAAAGCUGAGAAUGGUGAUAAUCACUGGACCACCAGAGGCACAGUUCAAGGCCCAAGGAAGAAUCUAUGGGAAACUUAAGGAAGAAAAUUUCUUUGGACCUAAGGAAGAAGUGAAACUUGAAGCUCAUAUAAAAGUGCCGUCCUAUGCUGCUGGUAGAGUUAUUGGUAAAGGGGGCAAAACGGUAAAUGAGCUUCAGAAUUUGACAAGUGCCGAAGUUGUAGUUCCUCGUGACCAGACACCAGAUGAAAAUGAUCAGGUGGUUGUGAAAAUUACUGGACAUUUCUAUGCAUGCCAGCUUGCCCAGCGAAAAAUUCAGGAAAUUCUGGCUCAGGUAAGAAGGCAGCAGCAGCAACAAAAGACAGCGCAAAGUGGACAGCCACAGCAGAGACGGAAAUAAAGGUUUAGGAAAAGACCCUUCGGAGACAGAUGCCAGACCAAAGAGAGAGACUGUAACGGACAGGUUCUGGGCACCUGUUGGAAUGAUAUGCAGAUGUUUCACAAAGCCAGUCACUUGUUUGAGGACCAGGCCACAGUUGGCAUGCUGUCUCUGAGAAUGUAUUCUUUAGGCUCUCUUACUUUUGAAACCCAGCUUUAAACUUAAGGACCCCUUCACUUCCCUUUUGUUCUAUUCCUCACAGUUUAACAUAAACUUGUUAGUCUUCUUUUAUUGUU